AUGACCAAAGACAGUGAGUCGAAGAAUAAUAGUGCAAGUCGUACGCAAUAUGAUGGAUCAACAAUAAUGUUGCUGGCAUUAAUGAACAAUACAGAUUGGCGUCGUCGACCAUUGACAAUCGAAUCAAUGAUCUUCGAUCGCUAUAAAAAACAACGUCACACAUUUAUGUCGGAGCGACAUGCGAUCACUUCAGGAUCUGAUCCUAACCUUAAUACUGACUUCCUCAAUGCAUUGAAUGAUAGAAAUACGACUCAAACAUAUUUUGGUGCACAGAGUCUUAAUUUGAACGAUAAAAUACGUACACGAGUAGUCUAUUUCAUCCUAGAUGGCCUUCGUUUCGAUGCAAUUCAGACGAAUCCAUCAUUGAAGGCAUUGUUAACAUCGACAUGGUUCGCAUCAGAUUCUCUGUUAUUGAAAAUGUCCACUCAAUUCCCAACUGUAUCCGUUCCGAAUUGGCAGAGUCUCAUCACUGGUGCUAGGCCAUCAUUGCAUGGUCGUGUAGGCAAUGAUGAUUUAACACCGUAUACGUUCGACUCCAUCUUUACUUCGGUGAUGAGUGUCGGAAUGAAAAACGGACUUAGUGGUGAUGGAUGGUGGUCUAUUCUACUCAAUGGUCAUCUGACUCCAUUUUAUGGAGAUGGUACUAGUCCUACAUUGACGCACAAUUUUGGCGAUGCAUUCUAUACGCACGGUCACAGUGAUCGUAACAAGGACAUUGCUUACAAUCAACGAUUCCAUGCUGCAAUUAAUAGUCAAACUGUGGUACGUCGAUCGAAUGGAUCGAUGGAUAUCAUUCAAUUCGAUUAUGAUUUGUUCCUAUCUUAUUACGGUGAUAUUGAUGGGGAAUCUCAUUCAUUUGGGCCUCAAUCAUCGCAGACACAAUCAGCUAUUGACGAUAAGGUGAUGUUCGUUCGCGAAGGUAUCAAUGCCAUCACUACACUAGACGCAAUGACACAGACUCGCACCGUAUUUAUCAUCACAAGUGAUCAUGGACAUGUCAAUGCUGGUGGACAUGGUGGUGAUGCACAUGUGUUGAUGACUGUUCCUCUCAUCGUCUAUGUAAAAGAUUCUCAAUUGGCUUCUGCAAAGAAUUUGUUGCCUGUUUAUUCCACGUUUGACACAGUCGACAUAGCCACAACCAUUGCUGGUCUUCUAGGUGCACCAGUACCACGUCAGAGUGAAGGAACUUUCAUUUCUCCUCUCAUUUCUGCUCUUGUCCCUGCAUCGAAAUGGCACCAUCUAUAUUUUGAUUUGUUCAAGCAGAAACAAUCGUUGGUAAAAGCUCUGCUGAAGCAGUGGAAUCAAUCAUCAUUAGAGUCGCAGUACCAUUCACUACUUGCCGACGCGAUGGAAAAGAAUAUCAAUAUUACCGUACUCAACAAUAAUAUUAACGCACUCUCCACGCUCAUUGAAGUCUCCAAAACGCAUCGCAUUACGCAUAUCAUGAUGAGAAAUUUUCUCUUCGGUUUGGUCAUUGGCAUCUUUGGCAUUCUAGCAUUAUGCAUCGUUUUCCACCGAUCCACUUUUCUUAAUUUUUAUGCGCUAUUACCAUUGAGAGGGCUCUUACUGAAUCGCCGUUUCACAAAAAACAUGGCCGAAGACAAAUCUGUAUCUACCUACGUUCAACGUGUACAUCGAACGUUUUUCAUAUUUGCUUUGGUGAUCAUCGGCUUAUGGUGGUUGUUGAUGAUGAUCUUACUAUUAGUCAUCUUCGCCAAUAUAUACCGUCCUACGGAUGAAUGGCGAUGGCAGCUCACGCUCUUCAAUUCAGCGCACGACGCUUACGUUCUCAUAGUUGGCAUUUGUGUUUUCGGCUCAUUUCUCGUCACUGUGCUUAUCGCUUUGACAGUAUGGCUUGUGUUUAGCCUGAAAAACAUGACAAUCUGGUUGUCUUCUAAACAAGUUACGAAGUCUUUAGUGCUGUCUCCAACAGCAUCUUUGUAUUACCUCAGUCUCUACGUGACUUUCUUGUUUACUAUGAAUGCGAUUCUCUUUCACUUGAGUCAAAGCUUUCAUUGUCUCUGGUUGCCAUUUAUUCGCCGUGUCACAAUUAUCACUCCCAUGACAUUGAACUUGCGAUUCCAAGCGUUGACGAUAUCUUUCAUGAUGAUGCCACCUAUGUUAUCACUCAUGGCUAUUAAUAUACUCAUACGAAAUCAUCUAUUUCGACAGUUUCCCAUUCCACAGUUUCAUGAACACAAAGAGUGUCAAACGACGCGUUUUCAUAUUCUAGCCAAUCAAUGCGAACACGAUGAAUGA